AAAAAAAAAUGUCAAAAUUAGUAAUUUUACAAUACUCAUCGCCAUACGUUGUAUUUUGCGAAAAAUAUUGUUUAUUUGACUAACUUUUAUCGUAUUAACGUUAAAACUACGUUUUGAAGUUAGUGAUUGUUCAAUAAGUUAACGAAACAGAGUGCUAGAGUUGAAUUUAAUAUGGUUUAAUAGUGUUAUCCAGCUUUGUUAUGAGCGAUAUGGUUGGAGCAUAACUUCACGUAGAAUCGCAAUAAACAGUACAAAAUGGAUUUAGUACAAGCAAAUAACAAUCGAGACGGUAUGAAUAACGAAGUUUCUUCGACAUCCAGCGAAGACACGCAAGCCCCAGUCAAGAGAUUUACAAAACUAUACAAGAAACAUUAUAAAAAUGACUCCGCUUUGUCUGACAAUGAGAUGGAACCCCGCAGAAAUAAUAUGCAAACCAGAAAUCAUUAUAAAAGCACUGGGAAUUUAAACGAAGGGUACCGUGACUUCAGAACUAUUCAAAACAGUAUUAGUAACAUCGAUUUAAGUUUACACGGUGAAGAAAUUAAGAAAUAUGAGUCGCUACAAAUUCCUAUAGUUGGGUAUGAAAUUAUGGAAGAACGGGCCAGAUUCACUAUUUACAAAUUAAAGGUUGAAGAUGACAAUAGUGACCAAUCCUGGUUAGUUUUUCGUAGAUACACAGAUUUUGUUAGACUAUACUCAAGAAUAAAGGCGGAGCAACCAAAUUUGAACUUACCAUUGCCUGGAAAACGGUGGUUCAGAGAUAAUUUUGAACCUGCAUUUUUGGAAGACCGAGUUAGAGGGUUACAGAUUUUUGUUAAUGCUAUUUUGAGUAAGUUGCCUAACCAUCCAGUAGUUAGGGAGUUUUUCUGUCUUGACGAGCCUCCACAAGUAUUUUCUUAUCAACCUGAGGUCCAAGCGGUUUAUGGGGCCUUAGAAGAUUCAAUAACUACCUUGAAAAUGCAGCUUAAGCAAAAGGAUGCAACAAUUAUGCAUUUACAGAAGAGGUUGGCUCAAUUUGAAGCUCAGGUCAAAAAUUGUGGCAGUUGCAGUACAAAUCUUUCUAUAUAGUAGUUUUUACAGGUUUUGAUAAAUAUAGAAAAGGUAUAUUUUGUGUGCCUUGGUGUUUUACAAUGUGUAAUGUAAUAAACGAGUCUAUAUUCUAUUUGGAUCGGCACUUAA